AUGGGUAUCCUUGACCAGAAGCCCCGGUUCAAGGUCACAGCGCCAAAAAUCCGUCGUGUUGUUAAGCAGAUACCGGUCGAACCGAGGCCAGCGAUGCCAUCUCGCAGCACAGGUUCUGCACCCCCAACGAUUAGCAGAAGCAGUACUAGCCAGAGCUCUCGACCCGUUGUUGCUGGCGGCGGCAGCGCGCGGAGCAGCGAGACCCUGUCCGCGUCACCACGCACGUCAACCUCACCAACCAACCGUAACCGCGCCAGCCAGUCACCCUUGCGGGGCUCCGGCAGCCGGAAUGGCGGCGACCGCAAACGCAAGCUGGCGAGCCGACCAGCGCACCGGGCCUCACCAGCCGUCAGUGACCGUAUCGAGUUUGGUAACGACUCCGACACAGACGAUGACGACUGGGAAGCGACACUGCACGAGCGGGAGCACCGGAAACGGAAACGGGUGGACGCAAACCAACGGGUAGACCUUGACCGCCAACUGGUACACCCAGUCCUCUUGGAAACACUGCCGAAGAGCAAGGAGGAUGAAAAGGCGAAGGCCGACGCGGAAGAAGGCUUGGACAAGGAAACCGGGGCCAAAGACAGCGUAAAGAAGGCAGAGAAGGUCGAAGGUGGGCGCGAUCUCAGGAGACUGAAGAUCAUUCACGCCAAAGAUGUCGCGUCGAUUGCGUUGAAAUGCGUCCCGGUUCUCGGCGCUUCGGAGGACGAGGUUUCGGUGGAGUUGCAAUACCCAGGGUCGCGACACAGAGAAAGUUACGAGCUGGUCUGGGGAAAAGACAAGAUCGACGCGGUGAAGGAUAUCAAGACGACUAUCAAACACAUUACCGAAGUCUAUUUUACAGACGAACAAGCCGCUCCGUUCACCGACAGCACGACAGGAAUCAUCCGCCAGAUUGAGCGGGCAUCGAGUGAUGCGGUCAAGGACGUUAAAAUGUUCAAGUCUGCACUGGAUGACUUCAACAAACGGUUGCUCGCAUUGCACGACGACGGCUCAAUAGCUGCCAACCUCGCCAAGAGACACGACCUCCCCAGACACUUUGUUGCAUUUGUCCUCGAUCAAGUGUAUGAUCGCACCGUUGCGCCAAAAGUCGAACUCCUCCGCAAAUACGAGAACGGUUCCGAUAACGUGUAUGGCGAGCUCUUGCACCCAUUCAUUACCGACAUUCUCGUGGACAGACUCCAGAUGACCUCGGGCCAGGUGUUUGUCGAUCUCGGAUCCGGUGUGGGCAAUGUUGUCCUGCAGGCUGCGUUGGAGAUCGGCUGUGAGAGCUGGGGUUGCGAGAUGAUGGAGAACGCCUGCAAUUUGGCCGACGAACAGAAGAAGGAGUUUUCUGAGCGGUGUCGGCUGUGGGGCAUUGCGCCGGGCAAAGUCCGUCUCGAGCGAGGCGAUUUCCGCCAAAAUACGGCCAUCUUGGAAGCAUUAAAGAGGGCUGACGUUGUUCUUGUCAACAACCAAGCGUUCACGUCGCAGCUAAACGACGACUUGGUACGGAUGUUUCUUGAUUUCAAGUCCGGUUGCAAAAUCGUGUCGCUUAAGAGCUUUGUGCACGAUCACAAGAGUGCUUCGCAUAACAUCAACGACGUCGGAAGCGCCAUUCUGGAGGUCGAGACACUGACAUAUCCUGAGGAGUUUGUCAGCUGGACGGGUGCGGCGGGCACGUUUUGCAUAUCGACUCGUCAGUGA